GUGCAGAUCAAUGACCAGCUGUAUUCACCCGAACCACCAGAGUUUGUGACUCUGUCCAGGUUCCAAGUUCCCCUGGACAAGGUCAAACAAAGUCACGUGGAGCCUGGCAAGAGUGUGGACGCAGAAGGCCUGACCCUACAGGACAUGAAGAUCAACAUAGCAGAUCCCUGUCACUGUGAACUGCUGCAGAUCAACCUCACGAAGAUAGUCCACGGAUAAGCUACAUGAGGUCUGUGUAGUGGACCAAGCACCAUGUACAGUUGCUAUGGGAUGUCUGUGCUGCCACCUGGAGUUCGGGACAUUCAGCUAAAAUAUGUUCCCUGUCCACCCUGUCUGACAUCCUCACUUCGUCUGGUCUACCCACCCUGGUUAUGGACUACUUCCUGGGCUGUGUGGCCGGGCUGUUGGAGUUCCUGCUGACUGAUUGUGAUGAUGUCCCAGAGAGCGAGUUAAAAGAACUUGAAGAAAACAGUGCUUUGAUGAUGAAUGGUCUCAUAGCAGCAGAUGCAAAGCCUUUCAAGAUAAAUCAGGUCUCUGUCGGCCAGGCUGAGGACCAGCUGAAAAGACUUGCUGACAUGGCAGUUAAACUCGGACUGACUGGUCUCCGCACUGACAACAUGAGGCAGGCGAAGUCACGCUGGAUUUGUCACCUUCUCGGAAAAUUCCCUUCUGACCUCAGACACAGUCAGCUGUUCUGCUACUAUAGACGGCAGCUUGUGAUAGCUUUGUUUGGAGUCUUUGGAUCAACAAUAUCUUACGAGUUCAUCGUGAACCCCUUGCAUCAGCUCAUUGUGAUCGAUCUUCAAGGUCAGCCACCAAAACAAGGGGAGACAACCAGGGUGGAUGUUGAGCAGGACCGGAGGGAUAAACACAAGAGACCAGGACUGUCACAGAAGCGAAAAAGGAAGCCGUCAGAUGACGAUGAGGGCAACCUGGAGAAGCAGUCCACCACCUUCAAACAGGCCAUGCAGAAGCUGAGGAUGUCUGUCAUCAACAGAAAGACAGACUACAUGUCAUGUCUGAAGAUCAUACAGACGGUGAUUGAGCUGGCAGCAAGGGGAAUAGUCCACUGCCAGAAUACAAGAGGGGAGGACCGGGGUCCAUGUGUUCUGCAGACCUGGUUAAGCAAGCAGCUCCUGCGGCAGUUCUACGAUGUCUGGGCGGAGUACUUGUUUCAUGACAAGACCAACCUGUCUCCAGCCAGCAUCAACUGUGGCAUCAACAUUAUAAUCCAGUCUGUGGGAACUCUCCUGGCGCUGCAAGAUGCAGUUCUUUCUGACAUUGACAUUCUGACAGAUUUUGCUUGGAUAUUGUCAUUGCCAUGGUUACCAAAUGACCUGUCAUGGCUUGACCUGAGGCCAGUCAGGGCCAAGGAGAUUGCCCAGCUAAGCAACACCCUGUCUGAUGUUAUUGACACAGCGACACUGUGUGAGAGUCUGCGGGUCCUGUCUCUGCUGCCCAAAGAUGUUGCUUCUAAGUGGAGGAUCCAUAUCUUCACUCAGACUUUUGCUGACAGCAGUGCAGAUAUCCGCCUAGCAUCGCUUCAGGUCAUGCCAGAAUUCCUCUUCAACCUUGGACCUAAUGGGAACCAUCUGAUUACAAACUUCUUGCACCCUCUCAUUGGGGACAAACACCAACCAAUUGUUGAAACCCUGGCCACAAAUUUAGGGGUCAUCACUUGUGUUGUCAGUCGGAAAGCAGUCUUUAAGUGUGGUGACUACUCGGCGGUCUGUGACCCCCUGUACAAGAGGUUCAGCAUCAGGUGCGCUGUGUGUGACGACUUGCAAGGAAAGACUGACGGAUGCAGCUCUCAGAAGGAGAGGUCAAAGAGUGUUGACCCAGCUCUAUUCAGUCCCUUCCUGCAGCUCCUGGAGAUAGGUGAUGUGACUAUAAAGAAAGCUUUCAUCAAGAGCAUAAGACAGAUGUUCAGCCACAUCAGCAUUCGUGCCCACAACCAAAUCACAGUGGCUAUGUUGAAUCAGUGCCUUGGCCUUGUAGAAGACACAGACCACCAAGUUAGGACACGUUUCAGCGAGGUGAUUCAGCACCUCCUGGGAGAGGAAGUGGAAGGAGAGAAGAAGGGAGGCGUGGAUAACAUCAUAAUGAACCGACUUCAGCAGGUGUACUUCCAGGCCCGGUCUGACAGCAAUAUCAGGCUCCAAGAAACUGUACUGUACACCAUCGGGCAACUGGGAAGAGUCGCAGAGAAGGACAUCCUCCUGGUGGUGCUGGUGAGCUUGCUGGAGAGCCUGCUGUCUGCCAUUCCACUCACUGCUGCCACGGCCUACCACGAGUUACAUGCUAUUGCUGAUCAUAAGAAGAUGAGCACCCAGAACCUUUUAAGCAAGUUCCGACAAGGCAUAUGCAAGUUUCUGGUGGAAGCCAUGCACGAUGCAGCCACAGGAAGCGGGGAUAACACCCCAGAGAUUAUACUACACAAGGUGGCAAGGGCUCUCAAGUACCAGGACGUCAAGACCUUCCUGCAGGGGUCUGAGAAGCACAUCGUCCCAUUCCUUGUGAGUAAGGCCACUCCAGUCGCCUCAAACCUCCUGAAGAUGAUCUCCACACUCCUGAAUAUAAAUACACGACGUCUCCUCCUGGUGCACAACAUGAAGUACAUCUUCUCCUAUCUGGUCAGACUUUGCCAGGCCGCUGAGCUGGAGAAAGCUCUGGCAUUUCUACAAAGUGAGGCCAACAUGGACCUCGGCAAGCUGAUCCGCCUCGAUUUCCAGCGGCUUCACAACGAGCUCCUGCUUCAUCUCAGCUCCAACUACCAACAG